CAAUUGAGAAGUUGUUAGACCGUUCUCAGAUGAAGGUUGUUGAGAAGAAUACGGAGUCCAAAAAUUUGACUGGAUUCGCUUUCGCACGUGUAUGGGACACCGAAAAUCAGGUCAUAAUUGAUGAGAUCAAAACUGCAGAGCGGGACGGAGAAGCUAAAACUUCAACCGAUUUCUGGGAUAAGAUACUAGCACAUGUCGCCAAGCCGUCCACAGUAACGCCUAUUGAAGGUCGUGGGGCGAGAAAACGAAAUAAAGUCAAUUAUUAUGAAGGAGAUUAUCAAUCUACUUCGAAAAAACAGAAAAAGAAGCAACUUCCUGUGACUGAUCUAGACUUUGAUCCGUCCGAACGCAUAGAAUCCUCCUCAUCUGAGUCAAGCUCGGAUGAAUUAGAUGAGGAUGUUAUGGGUAUGAAUAUGAUCGAAGAUGUUAAAUUAAAAACUGCAAAAAAUGCUCGAAAGGAAAAAUCAAAAAUCCAAAAUCAAGUGGACAUUAUGGAAAAUGGACAACAAACAACCAUACAGAAUCAAGUGAACGUUAUGGAGAAUGGACAACAAACGAAAAUCCAGAAUCAAGUGAACAUUAUAGAAAAUAGAAAACAAAUAAAAAUCCCGAAUCAAGUAAACAUUAUUGAAAAUGGGCAACGAAUAACACCCAUUUCAGAAGCUAGUAACACUUAUGUUAGACAACCGUUAACAUACGUUUCAGGUGGAAUGUCCAAUUCUCCACAAAAACAAUUAACUCCCGUUUCAUCUGCUCAACACAACUCACGUUAUAUCGCACCAGCAUAUAAUCAGAAGAAUUCGGAAUCUCCGACGGCGCUAAACAUACAACAGCAACAAUAUUAUGCACAAUUGCGUAUGCAGCAAUAUUAUCGUCAAAUGCAGAUGCGUAGACAAGGAUAUAGUGGUUAUCCUGUAGAACCUCAGGCGGCUAAUUCGUUAAUGACCAAUAGUUCAGUCAAUUCCAGCAGGCCGGUUGCAACUCAAAGUAUUCAACCUCAUAUUAUCGCAGUUAAUAACAGCGAUUCACCACAAAAUGCAUAUGAUAUGACUACCACAUAUUUACAAUUUCCUCAGGGAACAAGUCUAAAUUCUCAGGAAUUUUAUUACAGCAAUAAUUCACAUAUUAAUCAAACGUACAUUAAGGACACUAAUAUGAUAAACUAUCACACUACACCAACAAUUAAUAACAUUAAUGCAACUAAUAUUAAUAUUAAUGUAAAUAUUCAACAAAAUAAUGUUGUAAUUCCUAGUCAAGCAAAUGCGAGGAAUUUAACUAAUGCAAGUGGUGAUUUGCAACAGGUUGGCUUACAAUCAAAGGGAGAAGCGACGGACGUAGCUUCGGAGAGUGGUAGUAAUGUGCCUAAUUCAAAUAAGACGAUGAUUAAUCACUUUAUGAUGAUAUUCGAUAAAUUACAAAAGAGUCAAGAAGAUGUGACAAAUAGAUUAAUAGCAUUAAUAAGAGUUUAUCACGAACUACAAAAGUUAGAAUUCGACAUUGAAAAGUACAUUGCGACGCAGUCGGAGAAAAAUCAACUCGAUAAAGCUCUGAUGACAGCUUUUAGACAAUCGCAAAUAAUUUGUUUGGAAUCCGAUUAG